CGACUGGUGGGGAAAGACCAAGCGGCAGCAAGAAAAAGGCUUCUCUCUACACCAUCUAAGUCAGAAUAUAUGUGAUUACCUCUGAGAGACCCUGUUGGCACCCACAGACUUUCCCUUCUAGGAAUGGGGGAGGGGUGGUCAGUAGACCUCACCUGAGAUUUUAUCUACUCACUCUGUUGUGUGUCCCUCCCCUCCGGGCUGUGUGUGACUCAGAUCUCAGGAGGGACUCAAGCACAUACAGUGUGUAGCCAUGGCGGGCAGGCAGGGUACCAACACUUCGUAAGCAGCCUCCGUUCAUACUCCCGUUAGUAACUAACAAACUCAUUGGUCACCGAGAUGGAUUUGGAUGGCAUCAUUACUUUUGUCUGUCAUUGGUGCCUAACUGGGGUGAGCAGGAGACCGCAUUUCCCAAGGAAAAGCUCCCAGAGUAGUCACAAAGGGGGAACCUGAGCCCACAGCCAGGCUCCACACAGGCAACUCCACGCCCCACCCCUAUCAAGGCAUCGGGGUUAAUUCCCAGCUGCCAGCCAGUAUUUAACUUUCCACAUAAGAUUAAACAUUUGGAUUUGUAAAAGCCCAGGAUUGCAGACUCCAGUCGGCAAGGGCUUGCUGGGUCUCAAGCAGAGAGUGCCCAGUCUGCCAAGGUUUAUGUACGGUCCUGAAGAGCUAACGCCAGCCAGCAAGAAGGGCAGAGCCUGGCUUUCUGGAGGCCUCUUACAUUGCUCACACGCUGUGGCAAGGGAGAGACAUGGCUACACUGGCCAAUUUCACACAGACACUGGAGGAUGUCUUCAGAAAGAUCUUUAUCACUUACAUGGACACCUGGAGGAAGAACACCACAGCCCAAGAGCAGGCGCUUCAGGCCAAAGUUGACGCCGAGAACUUCUACUACGUCAUCCUCUACCUCAUGGUGAUGAUUGGCAUGUUCUCCUUCAUCGUGGUGGCCAUCCUGGUGAGCACGGUGAAAUCCAAGCGGCGGGAGCAUUCCCAGGACCCCUACCACCAGUACAUUGUGGAGGACUGGCAGGAGAAGUACAAAAGUCAGAUCCUGCAUCUGGAAGAGUCCAAGGCCACCAUCCACGAGAACAUGGGGGCCACAGGGUUCGCGGCGUCACCCUGAUAAGUAAGACAAGGGUGUGUCUGGCUAUGAAGGGGUGCCUCUGUCACCUAGCAGGUCAGUAGGAAGCUAGUGUCUCCCUGAGCUGGAAAUUUUCUCGGCGAUGGCCUAGCUGGCCAGGUGACACAGGUGACAUUUCUAUCUCAGUGCCUUACAUGAGCCCAUUGGGGUGACACUUUGCGUUGAAGAUCUCUUUUUUCUACUUGCUAUGCGAUGUAAAUGUCAUUUAAAUCAAUUUCAAUCAUGGGAACCGAGCCAAGAGGGCCUGGGCAGGGGCGGUGGGGAUCGAAAGCAGAGAUUUACAAAUCCUUCUACCUUCUUUCUCAUAUUAAAUAUUAGUCUGAAUGUAGCAAAUUCAAUUUACAAAUAAGUCAAACGUGUCAUUCAGAAUCCAAGGUUUAAAUCUAUUAUGGACUUGUCGAGCUGAUAGGUUAGCAUUUACUUACUGAUGCAUGGGCAUGGAGUCCUCGGUGAUGAAAGGACAGAGGCUGGGUUAUUUUGCAUUUAUGGCUCUCGUGGUAUUUAACUGUUUUGGACAUCUGGACAGAGCAUACACUAAAAGAACAAAUAAUCCACACCAGAGGCCUCAAAUAUUCAAGAGCUACCCAAUGCAACCAAAGCGUGUUUUCAAUUUUUUAAAGACACUUUCAAAGUUCUCAUUAAGAAAUAUGGCUCUUCCAGAGGACCUCACCCAGACAUACAUGAAGGCAAAACACCAAUACACAUACAAUCAAAUUAAUUAAACAAAGUUAAAAAAAAUUGGAUUCCAGGCCAGAAAAAUAAUUUUUAAAAAUUUGGCAUUUCAAAAAAAAAAGAAAAACAAACAAACAAAAAUGUGGCAUUUCUUCCUAAAUGUGUGUAUGUGGGGGGUAGGGAGUGGAGAGAUAUUGGUCAAAGGUUACAAACCUUUAAAGGGACCUAGGGAAGCACACCCAUAACCCCACCCGUUGGGGGCUGAGGCGGAAGGAGCUAGCUGAGGUUCAAAGCCAUUCGAGACCCAUUGUACUGUAAGGUCAGUAACAACGCUUUUCCUUCUUAAAAACUGCUAAGUGGAGGGCACUGUGGUGCACACCCUCAAUCCAUCACUCCAGAGGCAGAGGCAGGCAGAUCUCUGUGAGUUCAAGGCCAGCCUGGUCUGCAGAGAGAGUUCCAGGACAGCCAGAACUACACAGAGAAACCCUGUCUCGAAACAACAAACAAGUAAACGAAACCAGAUGCGUGGAUGUCAAGUGUCCUUACCUACACGAGAUGCUGUAUGUUAAUCAUUCCAUAAUGUGCAUGUGCUUCAAAAUACCAUGUCACAUGCUUGCAUACAAUGGAACCUAUCAUUAAAAAAAAUAAAAUGAAUAUUUUGUACCACA